ACGAUAAUGGAAUAGGGAAGCCCAUUUAGUCAUUUCACGGUCCAAGAACAUAACCCCAACGAUUGCAUAUUUUUUCAGUCCAAAACCAAAACCCUUUCUGGCAGUGGCAAUCCAUCGCCUCGUCUUCGUCAUCUUCAAGGUGAGUUCACUCUGUGUUGUUCGCAGUAUUUCAUCCAGACCUCUAACUUUUACGCUUAACAUACAUACAUAUGAGCAUUCCCCGCUGUAUUUAAAUUUGGACAGUUCAAGAUCUGUGCUUUUCGUCAGUGUUUAGGUUUUUCAUCUGACGCCGAUUUGCUGCUUUUAUGUUUCCAUUAGGUAGUCUCCGUGAUUCACAGCACCAAUGGCCCCGAAAGGUGAAUCUGCUAAGAGAGUUGAUCCCAAAGCUCAGGCUGCGAAGGUUGCCAAAGCUGUGAAAGGCACUACCUUCAAGAGGAAAGGUAAGAAGAUCCGCACAAAGGUCACAUUCCACAGGCCCAGGACAUUGAAGAAGGAAAGAAACCCUAAAUAUCCUCGCAUCAGUGCUCCUCCUAGGAACAAGUUGGACCACUUCCAAAUUCUCAAGUAUCCAUUGACCACUGAGUCCGCUAUGAAAAAGAUUGAGGAUAACAACACAUUGGUCUUCAUUGUUGAUAUCCGGGCUGACAAAAAGAAGAUUAAGAAUGCUGUCAAUAAGAUGUAUGGGAUCAUGACUAAGAAAGUGAACACUCUAAUCAGGCCAGAUGGAACUAAGAAGGCAUAUGUUCGGUUGACUCCAGAUUCUGAUGCCCUGGAUGUUGCGAACAAGAUCGGGAUCAUCUGAGCAUAAUGUUAUGUUUUAUUGUCUAGAUACUAUAUUUACAAUUUUCAAUUACUACUGCUCAGAGAUUCUUGCGAUGGUGUUUAAGUAGAGUUUAAAUCAGUUCCUAAUUUUAUGAACUAUACACUAAUCUGAUAUAAAUCUCGAAUUCUAGUUUUGUACACUCAUAUAAGAUUUAGGUUCGAAAUUAAGUCAUCCUUCCAUGUAAAUAUGUGCUGACUGCAUGAUUUUGGAUAAAAGGGGUAUCAUACUACCAUUGUACUAAAC